CGCCGUUCGCUGGGAGUCGGGCUGGUUUCGAGAAUCGCAGGCACCGGGGCCCACGGCGGGAGGUUCGGCUUCGCCCCUCGCCCUCCCCCUCGCGGCCAUUGGGCUGCCCCGCGGCGCGCCCGCUGGACGGGGCGGGGCCCUCCCCUCUCCCCUCCGCUCCCCUCCCCUAUUUCCCGGGGUGGGAACGCCGGGAGGCGGGAGGCGAGGGGGCUGCCAGGGGCGUCCGGUUACAUCCCCGCCUUCCUCUGCCCUGGCCGCGGGACCGGGUUUGCGGGACCGCAGUUCGGGAACAUGUUGGCCUCGAGCAGCCGGAUCCGGGCUGCGUGGACGCGGGCGCUGCUGCUGCCGCUGCUGCUGGCGGGGCCUGUGGGCUGCCUGAGCCGCCAGGAGCUCUUCCCCUUCGGCCCCGAACAGGGGGACCUGGAGCUGGAGGACGGGGACGACCUAGUCUCCCCUGCCCUGGAGCUGAGUGGGGCGCUCCGCUUCUACGACAGAUCCGACAUCGACUCAGUCUACGUCACCACAAAUGGCAUCAUUGCUACGAGUGAACCCCCGGCCAAAGAAUCCCAUCCCGGGCUCUUCCCACCAACAUUUGGUGCAGUCGCCCCUUUCCUGGCGGACUUGGACACGACCGAUGGCCUGGGGAAGGUUUAUUAUCGAGAAGACUUAUCCCCCUCCAUCACUCAGCGAGCAGCAGAGUGUGUCCACAGAGGGUUCCCGGAGAUCUCUUUCCAACCUAGUAGCGCAGUGGUUGUCACUUGGGAAUCCAUGGCCCCCUACCAAGGGCCCAGCAGGGACCCGGACCAGGAAGGCAAGAGAAACACGUUCCAGGCUGUUCUAGCCUCCUCUGAUUCCAGCUCCUAUGCCAUUUUCCUUUAUCCUGAAGAUGGUCUGCAGUUCCAUACGACAUUCUCAAAGAAGGAAAACAACCAAGUUCCUGCCGUGGUUGCGUUCAGUCAAGGUUCAGUGGGAUUCUUAUGGAAGAGCAACGGAGCUUAUAAUGUAUUUGCUAAUGACAGAGAAUCAAUUGAAAAUUUGGCCAAGAGUAGUAACUCUGGGCAGCAGGGUGUCUGGGUGUUUGAGAUUGGGAGUCCAGCCACCACCAAUGGCGUGGUGCCUGCGGACGUGAUCCUCGGAACUGAAGAUGGGGCAGAGUAUGAUGAUGAGGAUGAAGAUUAUGACCUGGCGACGACUCGUCUGGGCCUGGAGGAUGUGGGCACCACGCCCUUCUCCUACAAGGCUCUGAGAAGGGGAGGUGCUGACACAUACAGCGUGCCCAGCGUCCUCUCCCCGCGCCGGGCAGCUACUGAAAGGCCCCUUGGACCUCCCACAGAGAGAACCAGGUCUUUCCAGUUGGCAGUGGAGACUUUUCACCAGCAGCACCCUCAGGUCAUAGAUGUGGAUGAAGUUGAGGAAACAGGAGUUGUUUUCAGCUAUAACACGGAUUCCCGCCAGACGUGUGCCAACAACAGACACCAGUGCUCGGUGCACGCAGAGUGCAGGGACUACGCCACGGGCUUCUGCUGCAGCUGUGUCGCUGGCUAUACGGGCAAUGGCAGGCAAUGUGUUGCAGAAGGUUCCCCCCAGCGAGUCAAUGGCAAGGUGAAAGGAAGGAUCUUUGUGGGGAGCAGCCAGAUCCCCAUUGUCUUCGAGAACACUGAUCUCCACUCUUACGUAGUAAUGAACCACGGGCGCUCCUACACAGCCAUCAGCACCAUUCCUGAGACCGUUGGAUAUUCUCUGCUUCCGCUGGCCCCAGUUGGAGGCAUCAUUGGAUGGAUGUUUGCAGUGGAGCAGGACGGAUUCAAGAAUGGGUUCAGCAUCACCGGGGGUGAGUUCACUCGCCAGGCUGAGGUGACCUUCGUGGGGCACCCGGGCAAUCUGGUCAUUAAGCAGCGGUUCAGCGGCAUCGAUGAGCAUGGGCACUUGACCAUUGACACGGAGCUGGAGGGCCGCGUGCCGCAGAUUCCGUUCGGCUCCUCCGUGCACAUUGAGCCCUACACGGAGCUGUACCACUACUCCACCUCAGUGAUCACUUCCUCCUCCACCCGGGAGUACACGGUGACUGAGCCCGAGCGAGAUGGGGCAUCUCCUUCACACAUCUACACUUACCAGUGGCGCCAGACCAUCACCUUCCAGGAAUGCGUCCACGAUGACUCCCGGCCAGCCCUGCCCAGCACCCAGCAGCUCUCGGUGGACAGCGUGUUCGUCCUGUACAACCAGGAGGAGAGGAUCUUGCGCUAUGCUCUCAGCAACUCCAUCGGGCCUGUGAGGGAAGGCUCCCCUGAUGCUCUUCAGAAUCCCUGCUACAUCGGCACUCAUGGGUGUGACACCAACGCAGCCUGUCGCCCUGGUCCCAGGACACAGUUCACCUGCGAGUGCUCCAUCGGCUUCCGAGGAGACGGGCGGACCUGCUAUGAUAUUGAUGAAUGUUCAGAACAACCCUCAGUGUGUGGGAGCCACGCAAUCUGCAAUAAUCACCCAGGAACCUUCCGCUGCGAGUGUGUGGAGGGCUACCAGUUUUCAGAUGAGGGAACGUGUGUGGCUGUCGUGGACCAGCGCCCCAUCAACUACUGUGAAACCGGCCUUCAUAACUGCGACAUACCCCAGCGGGCCCGAUGUAUCUACACAGGAGGCUCCUCCUACACCUGUUCCUGUUUGCCAGGCUUUUCUGGGGAUGGCCAAGCCUGCCAAGAUGUGGAUGAAUGCCAGCCAAGCCGAUGUCAUCCUGACGCCUUCUGCUACAACACUCCAGGCUCUUUCACGUGCCAGUGCAAACCUGGUUAUCAGGGAGACGGCUUCCGUUGUGUGCCCGGAGAGGUGGAGAAAACCCGGUGCCAGCACGAGCGAGAACACAUUCUCGGGGCAGCGGGGGCGGCAGACCCGCAGCGACCCAUUCCUCCGGGGCUGUUCGUUCCUGAGUGCGAUGCGCACGGGCACUACGCGCCCACCCAGUGCCACGGCAGCACCGGCUACUGCUGGUGCGUGGAUCGCGACGGCCGCGAGGUGGAGGGCACCAGGACCAGGCCCGGGAUGACACCCCCAUGUCUGAGUACAGUGGCUCCCCCGAUUCACCAAGGACCCGCGGUGCCUACCGCCGUGAUCCCCUUGCCUCCCGGGACCCAUUUACUCUUUGCCCAGACUGGGAAGAUUGAGCGCCUGCCCCUGGAGGGAAAUACCAUGAGGAAGACAGAAGCGAAGGCGUUCCUUCAUGUCCCGGCUAAAGUCGUCAUUGGACUGGCCUUUGACUGCGUGGACAAGAUGGUUUACUGGACGGACAUCACUGAGCCUUCCAUUGGGAGAGCUAGUCUACAUGGUGGAGAGCCAACCACCAUCAUUAGACAAGAUCUUGGAAGUCCAGAAGGUAUUGCUGUUGAUCACCUUGGCCGCAACAUCUUCUGGACAGACUCUAACCUGGAUCGAAUAGAAGUGGCGAAGCUGGACGGCACGCAGCGCCGGGUGCUCUUUGAGACCGACCUGGUGAAUCCCAGAGGCAUUGUAACGGAUUCCGUGAGAGGGAACCUUUACUGGACAGACUGGAACAGAGAUAACCCCAAGAUUGAAACUUCCUACAUGGACGGCACGAACCGGAGGAUCCUUGUGCAGGAUGACCUGGGCUUGCCCAAUGGACUGACCUUCGAUGUGUUCUCAUCUCAGCUCUGCUGGGUGGAUGCAGGCACCAAUCGGGCGGAAUGCCUGAACCCCAGUCAGCCCAGCAGACGCAAGGUUCUCGAAGGGCUCCAGUAUCCUUUUGCUGUGACAAGCUACGGGAAGAAUCUGUAUUUCACAGACUGGAAGAUGAAUUCUGUGGUUGCUCUAGAUCUUGCAGUUUCCAGGGAGACGGACGCUUUCCAACCCCACAAGCAGACCCGGCUGUAUGGCAUCACCACGGCCCUGUCUCAGUGUCCCCAAGGCCAUAACUACUGCUCAGUGAACAAUGGCGGCUGCACCCACCUCUGCUUGGCCACCCCAGGGAGCAGGACCUGCCGUUGCCCUGACAACACCUUGGGAGUUGACUGUAUCGAACGGAAAUGAAGACAAGAGUGCCUUAUUUCCUUUCCAAGUAUUUCACAGCAACACUCUACUUGAAGCAACUUGGUCCAGAUUGAAAAGUGUCCUCUGGCUGAGUGGCCACUAGGCCCAGACCCAGCCUAGCCUGAGCCCCAACAACUUUUCCCUCACUGUUCCCCAAAACAUGCACCCUAGACUUCUCUAAUAGAAAAGUCUCCACCCCUACACAAGGACAGAACCCUCCACCCCUACCCCAACCCUCAGACAGACUUAUACACCCCUGAGUGAGGAUUACAGGCCCAUUCCAGUGUCCUAGGACCUUUUCCCAAUACUAGCCCCCCAGUGGUGAACAGAACCUCCCAAAUUUGAGUUGCACCCUUCCCUGUGGCCUUAUGAGCUCAGCCUCGCUUUGAGGUACCCACCAUCCUGUCAGCUCCUUGACCUAUGAGCCGGGGCCUGACUAGGAAAAGUUGGGAGUUAAGGAGGGAAUUAGCAUUCCUUAAUGUUUUGUUUUGGUGCUCUGAAUUUCUUCUUUAUUAUAGUCCUAUAGUUUUACUCCUCAGUUCCUCACCAUCAUCACCUUGUCUAAGACCCCAUUAUAAUGUUCAUGCUCUGCUUUUUCAUCAAAACCUACCCUGUCCUAGAGAUCUAUGGGCAUUUGGUGGAUGAUAAUGAGCAGCCCCUCCCAGAUAGAAUGUCAAUAUUUGAGCAAUAGGAUAUUGGCAUUUGUUAGUUAAAGGCUUAAAUCAAAAGACUGUCCAAUGGUAGGAAUUUCAAGGUGUAGGUCAGAUAUUUGAGAAUAGGGGAUUGCUUUGAUGUGCCUUAAAUUAUACCAAAGAUUACUAAUUAUUCCUCUUUGCCCAAAAUACUUGCAUCCAAGGUUCUAGUCUCUGUUGCUGUGCUGGUCUUUAGCCCCACUGCUGGCACCGAUGUCCCUCCUUUUCAUGGAGACCUAUCUGAGGUACAGGAUGGGGCUGGCACCAGAUGAUGUCCCACCACAGUCCCUCACCUCUGGCCCCCACAUGACAGAACCAAUUUACACUCAACCAUGACCUCACCCCUCCUUGGUUUCUCCCUCGAUCUGUGGCCCUUUUUGGAUGUAUUCUCAUCUAACAACACAAUCCGGAAAGACUUAAUUGAAUAUUUAUACUAAUGGUUCAUAUCCUUUAUUGCUCAAUGAUCUAAUUAAAGGGAUCAUUGCCACAUUUCAUGUUUAUAUUUCUACAAUUUGUUUAGAAAACAUCUCCUGACCAUAUCAGUAGCUUGUGUUAUCUUUUUAUCAACUGCUUCCCAGAGUCCUAAAACAAUAGAAAUUUUGGAUUGAAAAGUUCAGCAUAAGGAGUUUGAGUCAGUAAAGGAUGGGAUAAAGGAGUCGAGAAGAUUCAAUGAAAAAUAUCACAAAAAAGAGAUUGAUCAACAAGAGAAAUAAAAAAGCCCAAGAGGAAGUGGUAGGGGAAGGAAUUUAAGAACAGCAAUAAGUAAAACUCUUAAGUAACUCCAAAAAGAAAAUGGUACAUUUUGCCAAAGACCACUUAUACUUGAGAACAUGGAAGAAUUUGCCUGAUACUCUCUUUGGGGAAAAGAGUCUCUCCUCUUUUCCUCAAACCCCAGUACACUCAGCCUCUCCGCCCGCCUUCUCCUGACUUUGUCCUCACUUGCUUCUGCAGUACAUUGGAACCUGAAUUGAAAGAAAGCCUUCCUUGAAUAAUUGGAGUUUGUCUUGAGAGGCAAAUAUAGCCCCAAGAAUCACAAGAUUCGAGGACCAUGUAGGUCUUUUACAUAGCCCAAAUCCAUAAAUUAGUCUCACUUUUUGUAUUUAUCGUUUCAUAUUAAACCCUCUAUAUCAAACGUUCAUCAUGAUUUUGUAUGAUUUUUAUAACUAUUUUAUUCAUUUUAUUAGAUUUAUUCUAAAAUUUUUUAAUGGUAAAUUCUUAAACUGUGGAAACCACUGAAGGUGCUUAUUAACUGUUCUCCCAGAUUUGUACAAGUAUUGGAUGAUUCCUUGAGUUUACAGCUGUACAAAUAGUGUGGAAAAUAAACUUUUUUGUUAAAAAGAAAA